CAAGCCACAAGUCGACAGCUGGGCUGAAGCGGAAAACUAGAAGUCGCGGUAGACAGUUUCCUCAGCCGGCAUGUAAAUACUACUUUAUAUAAAAGCUAAUUUCUUUAUUAUUGGCCACAGUGCCAUUAAAUGUGACCGGUAUUAUUAUACAAGUUCGUUGUAGGGUGGUUUGUAUUGUGAGCCCUGAUGAAACGGCGACAUGCUGUCAACCAGUCCAGAACUGAAGCUCCUCUGGCUUUUGUCCUGUGUUGUUCUUUUUUUACUUUUCCAAGUUAUUGAUGCAGAAAGGGAUUUACAAAGCGCCUGCAGUACCUGCCAACAAAUUACAAAUAACUUUAACAAGGGCUAUGACAGAACUGCAAAGCAAAACUUUGGUGGGGGCAACACAGCGUGGGAGGAGAGGAAACUGUCCAAAUAUGAAACAAGCGAGAUCCGUCUGAUGGAGAUCAUGGAGGACCUGUGUGACAGCAGCAGCUUUGAGUGCAACCGCAUGUUAGAAGAGAAUGAGGAGCUUUUUGAAACAUGGUGGUUCAACAGGAAAACAAAGCAUCCUGAUCUUUACAAAUGGUUCUGCAUUGAGACUAUUAAAGUAUGCUGUCCUAAAGGCACAUUUGGACCUGACUGCAAUGCUUGUGUGGGAGGAUCUGAGAAGCCUUGUCACGGCAAUGGCAUGUGCAGCGGCGACGGAACCCGCGGAGGCACUGGGAAGUGCAGCUGCGACCUCGGCUAUGAAGGAGACUUCUGCCUAGAUUGCGUGGACGGCUACUUCAACGAAGUGCGGAACGACUCCUUCUCCUUAUGCACAGGAUGCCAUUCUUCCUGCAAGACAUGCAGCGGGGCGACCAAUCGGGACUGUGACGAGUGCAAGGAGGGCUGGGAAGAGGAUGACCAGGAGGCUUGUGUUGAUAUAAACGAGUGCUCCAAGGAUUCAUCUCCUUGUAAAGAAGACCAAUACUGUGUCAACACUGAAGGCUCCUACUCCUGCAAAGCCUGUGAUAAAUCGUGUACGGGAUGCACUGGAGGCGGUGCUGACAAGUGCCAAGCAUGUGCCAGCGGCUACCAGGACAAUGAGGGCACCUGCAGAGAUAUUGAUGAAUGUUCCCAGCCGGAGUCACCAUGCAGUAAGGAGCACCAGCUGUGUGUCAACAAUAAAGGCAGCUACGAGUGUGUUUGCGCCCGAGGUUACGAGGACCAAGAUGGAGAGUGUGUACAAAAGCAGGAGCAAGACAAAGAUGAGGUGGAGACAGCAGAAAGUCCUCACACGGAGCUCUGAUGGUGUGAAAAGCAGUACUAGUCAGACAGAACAUUUGGAAAUACUCAACGCUGCUCAUUUAAAAAAAAAAAAAAAAGCAAUUAAGGCAGAAAUCCAAUAUGAAUUCCUACUAUUUGAAUGAGAUUUUACUGCUGUGUUCAAACCGCCACUUGUUUAUUUGUUGUGAUGUUUUAAAGUAAAUAAAGAUGUUUCAAAUAAA